AUGGAGGAGUAUUCUUCAAUCGGUUUCGAUCACAUCCCCCACGCGAAGGGAGCGGACAGGAGUCUACAUAUAAAGUGGUCACAAAGAAACCGCCCCCUGGGGGAGAAGAUCCCCCCUCCUUACCCGAAUGGAUGGUAUGCGUUGGCUGAAAGCGUGGACUUGAAAAUCGGCGGAGUAGCCUCUAUAGACGCACUAGGGCAAAAUUUCUGCAUAUAUCGGGGAGAGGACGGUGCUGCUAGGGUGGUGGACGCGUACUGCCCCCACUUAGGGGCCAACUUCGGGGCCGGUGGGGCAGUCAGGGGCAACUGUAUAGAAUGCCCCUUCCAUAUGUGGCGGUUCGGGGAGAAUGGAGAAUGUACAUAUAUACCUGAUACAAAAACGAUACCCAAAGUGUCCCUUAAGACCUGGCAUACAAUGGAAGUGGAUGGUGCUGUGUGGGUGUGGUACGAUGCGGAGGGGCGAGCCCCGCUGUGGACCGUGCCCCCGAUACCGGGCAUAGACGCCUGGGGGUAUAGAGGCAGGAACGAGUUUGUUGUCAGCACACAUAUACGGGACAUACCAGAGAAUGCAGCAGACGCCUCUCAUCUUCACACAGUGCAUGGAUUAUCGUUUAUGACCGACUUGGGCAAGAGAUAUCCGAUGUUGAAUAAAUUUGUGGGCUACCACUCUUGGAAGAGUCACUGGUCCAGAUCAGAGGAAUGGCACAUCGCACAACUAUUCAUCGAGCAGAAAUUCUUUGUGAUGAAACUCAAUAUAUUUCCUUUGAAUGUUUCUGUAGAUCAGAUUGGACCAGCCCAUGUGCGUUUGACCUUCAAUUCGAUAAUUGGCCCCAUGGUUGUGGUACAAACUGUCACACCUCUGGGGCCAAUGCUACAAAGAGUGGUCCAUAGAGUUUAUUCGCCGACCUGGAAUGCCAUUCUGGUCAGUCCUGUAGCACUGGUUGAAGCUUUACAGUUCGAGCGCGACGUGGUGAUAUGGAACAACAAGAAGCACGUGAGCGCGCCGCCCUACGUGAAGGCGGACAAGUCGAUCCGCGCCUUCCGCGACUGGUUCGCGCAGUUCUACAGCGCCGCCAGCGUCUCCAUGCGCGACGCGACGGCGCGCCCGCUCGACUGGUGA